CACACCACAGGAGUUCUCUUCUCCCGUACGAUUGUGAGGCCAAGGAGAUGGAGGCGAAGAAGAGAGCGGCCGCUGUUGCCACCCUGUGCAUGCUCCUCCUCCUCACGCUGCCAAAGCCAUCCCAUCAGCAGCUGUCCGAAGUCAAGUGCGAGUGCUACCGGAAGUGCUACCCUGGGUGCAACAACAGCACCCCUCCGUGGCUCUGCAAGGUGAUGUGCGCCUGUAGCUGCCCCUUCUUCGACGACAUCUCCGACCCCCUUCGCACCUGCUUGGACGCCUGCAACACGGACUCCAUCUGUGACCUGCCAGCGCCGUUGACCGAUUCUGAAGUUUGUGUAGACGAAUGCUACAAUGUGUGGGGCGCCCCUGGUCCCGAUCCCGACGAGGAACAUUGAAAAGCUAAAAGCCGGUCGAGCAGCUGUGAUUGCUGCAUAUGAUGUCGAGCAGCUGUGAUCGCUGCAUCAAUAAAUAAAAUGUGUUUUGCUUCCUUGUAACACUUGUGAGAAAAUUUGUGAAUCUUAAUAUAAACAUGGUUAUCGAUG